UAAGAGGCGCUGUGGGGUCCCCGGUAGCACGAAGGAGAACCGCCCUCCCCGAGCCGCGCUACGGGCACCGCCUCCAGUGCCGCGGGGCCCUUCUGAUAUCGGUGCUUCGGUGUUGCGCCAAGUUACCCCCGAUCUCAGUGGGUCGGCAGCGGCUGAACAGGAACCAGCGGUGUUCCCGAGAAGGCCGGUGGCAUCCUGGCCUGUGUCAGCAGUACGUGGUCAGCGGGACCCGGGCAGUGACUGCCCCCUGUACACGGCGACAGUGGUGAGGCCGCACCUCGAAUCCUGUGCUCCUUUUUCGGCCCCUCAGUACAUGAAAGACACUGCGGUGCUGGAGCGUGUCCGGAGAAGGGCGAGGAAGUUGUUGAGGGAUCUGGAGCGCAAGUCUGAUGAGGAGCAGCUGAGGGAUCUGGGGGCGUUUAGCCUGGAGAAAAGGAGGCUGGGGGCACAUUCUUGCUCUCUACAACUAUCUGAAAGGAGAUUAUUGUCAGGUGGGAUUGGUUUCCCAGGUUACAAGCAACAGGCCAAGAGGAAAGGGCCUCAAGUUGCACUGAGGGAGGUUUAGAUUAGAUAUUAGGAAAAAUUUCUUCACCAAAAGGGAAGAAAGUUCAAGCAAUGGAAUAGGCUCCCCAAGAAAGUGGUGGAAUCACCUAUCUAUGGAAGAGUUCAGAGAACACGUAGGUGUGGUACUUGGAGGCAUAGUUUGGUGGUGGACUUGUCAGUGCUGGGUUAAUGGGGGGACUCGGUGAUCUUAAUGAUAUUUUCCAACCUUAUUGGUUCUACAACUCUGAAGAAACUUUAGAGUUAUUCUUUCCCCUCCUACCCCUGCUGUCUAUGUGUAACUUCAGCUGUGAAUGGGAAGCGUUGCUCCUGCAUGUGCUUCCAGCUGUGGGGAAAACUACUUGUGGGCAUGAAAACCUAGGUGGUGGUGUGUGCCUUCAGAAAGAAGUUUUGGUAUGAUAGCCCUACCCUGGGAUCUAAAAUGAUAUAUAAACCAACCAAGUUGGACACCCUAAUGAAAAAUGAGCAGACAAAAACUAAGAAAGAAGAUAACAUACGCUGCAGAGUCUUGAAUGGUCUUAUUCAUAAAGCUAUGUCUCAGAUGGUGACUACCUGUGAAGUCAGUCAAGAAUUUUAUGACCUCAAGCUGGAAAUCUGCAAGGUGUCCCUGUCAUCAAACUUCUCAGCGUGUCGUGUGUACUGGAACCCUGCUGCUACUAUGGAGAAAGAAAGUUAUGUGGAAAGUGUGUUGCGGAAGAGCGCUCCACGCAUACGGUAUCUUCUGAAGAGUCAGCAGAUUCUAGGAAAUGUACCCCCAAUAGUAUUUGUAAAAGACAAAGAAGCUGCAGCUGUAAAAGAGGUCGAGGACUUGUUGGCAAUUGCUGAUUUUGGACCUGAAGAUGAAGAAGAAGAAAUAUUUCAAAAUGAUUCAAGUAAACUGUUCUCUUCAGCAACUCAAUCUUCAGAGUCACCCAUGCAGUCUAAUCUGUUUGGCAUUGAUCAUGAACUGCUGAAUAAACAGAUAAUGGACUACAAAAGACUGAAAGUGUCAAGACAUGUAGAAAGUAUUCCCUGGACAGAAGAGCAGGAGCAGCAGCUUUCAAAGAUUCGGAAGAAAGUGAAAAAGAGAAAACCAAAGAAUCCUGAUGAUGAUGACAUUACACCACAGAAAUACUUAAUGGACAAAUAUGAGGCUGAUUACUGGGAUGAUAACACUGAAUCAGUCUCAGACUAUCAGUUGGAGGAUGAAUUAGAGGAAGAGGUAAACAAAUUGGAGAUGGAAGAUGGCAAACCUUUAAGUCAUCCUGCUGAUGAACUGAAAUGAAGUGAAAAUGGAGGAUGCCAAUAGCAAAAGAAAAAGACUGCCAUAGAUACUGAAAGACUGUUUACCUGUUUACCACCUCCAUAUGUAAGCAAAACAAAAAUGCUAUUUGUGACAUUAUGUUAAGCACCUUUCAAGAUGCUACAGUUGUGGAACUUUGAACAAGAGAUCAGUUUUAUAAUAAAAUACACCUACUGCAGCA